UGAGCAGAUUGAAUUUUGUUUUUGUUUUUAUUACACCGUAAUACAAAUGCCAUCUGUUGAUCAAAAUUUUAAAUUCACUCACAUUAAUUCGAUUUUUCUGUGAUGUUUCAUUGUUGUUAUGAAAAUAGUAUAAUUGAUUGUUGUUUGUGAGUGAUUUAAUAGUUUGGGUUCAACGUAACAACGACGAUGGCGACCACGACGAAUAUUUCGUCAUCGGAUACGAAUAUCAACAAUCAAUUAGCAUUCGAUACGGCCAAUUCGGAAACUCAUCAAUAUUAUUUGGAUCGUCUUAAAUCGAUGGUUGAAAAUGAUAAUUCCAGCCAUAUGAAAAAAUAUAUCAAUGAUCAAUUAUUAUCCGAUCUGGCUACAAGUCUGUUGGAUCAAACAGUUAUUAACAUAUUGAUUAUGUUACGUCUACAACAAGUGAAUAAUGAACGUGAAUUGAUGCAACAACGUGAUUCAAUGAUUGCCAAACUUGAUGCUAAACGAAAUAGUAAAAUCGAACAAGUUGAGAAAAAAUUUGCCAAUGGUGAGAUUACAUCAUUUAAACGUGAUGAUCUACUCAAGGAAAUGAAAAAACAUUACGAAGAGAAAAUCGUAUCGAUCGAUAUGCAUCUUUUAAAUCUUGUGGAUAAAAAUGUACGUGAACAACAGAAAACAUUGAUGGAUGCUGAAAUACCUGGUUUCCAUAUUACGAAUAAUUCACAUGAAAUUGAAGCUCAAGUUAAAUUGUUGAAUUUCAUUGAACAAAUUAUCAAUCUAAGUGAUGAAUCAAAAUUGGCAAUAAAUUGAAUUAAUUACG